GAGGGGCGAUCAAAUCAAUGAACGAAUGACCGAUCUUGCCCUUACCUUUCUUUGGAAACAACGAAAAUCAAAUGAAGGACAUUUGCAUGCAAUUAACUCCACAUUGUCUUGGUUUCGUUGCAGACAGCCCGCACAAGCUUUUCUCUGAUCCAAGGCGAUCACGGUCCCCGAGCUCAAGACGAUGGGAGGCGGAGUUUCUGAGUCGGAAGCUCCCCAUUUUUUCAAGAUAGUUCUCUCUGAUUCCAUCCAAAAUGGCCGGCUCGGAAUUCCAAAGAAAUUCAUGAGGAAACACGGGAGCAAUCUGUCUGACUCGGUCUUCCUCAAGCUGGCCAACGGCGACGCCUGGGAAGUGGAGCUGUUGCGGACGAACGACGGUGUUUGGCUUCGACGGAAUUGGCCGAACUUCGCGGAGCGCUACUCGAUCGAACAUGGCCACUUCCUAGUGUUCAGAUAUGAAGGAAACUCCGUGUUUCAGGUGGUCAUAUUCGACAAGAGCGCAACGGAGAUCGACUACCCCAUCGUCUCCGAAAAUGGCGGUGGCGGCAAGCAUCUUUUGUCGCCAAAGGUGGAGGCUGAAGACGAAGGGGACGUGGUGUUGGUCAGAGAAGGAUUCGAGGACCUGCCAUCACCGCCGGCAUUAUCUCUGCUUUCGAAGAAGAAGAAGAAGAAAACAAGCUCACAAGCCUCUGGUGAUGAGCAUGCGAACGAGGAAGCCAUUAAUGGAGUUGGAGGUAGCUCGGGCGUUUCUUCGAUUUGCAGAGACAGGUCUCAGGUUGAGAUAAGAGGAAGGUCGAAGGAAGAGGAACUCGCAGCGGAAGGCGGUUGGCCUAUCGUCGGUCACCUUCCUCUGUUUACCAGCAAGGAUCUGAUGCACAAAAAGUUGGGUUCCAUGGCCAACAAGUACGGACCAAUUUUCACCAUAAGAUUGGGCUCUCAUCGAGCAAUCGUGGUCAGUAGUUGGGAAGUGGCUAAGGAGUGUUUCACUGUCCAGGACAAGGCCUUUGCCGAUCGACCGAUGAUCACCGCCACAAAGCUCAUGGGUUACAACGGUGCCAUGUUUGGGUUCGGUCCUUACGGGGAAUAUUGGCGAGAGAUGCGCAAGAUUGCGACAAUUGAGCUCCUCUCGAACCACCGGCUUGACUCACUGAAGCACAUACGAGCUUUCGAGGUUGAGACAGCAAUAAAAGACUUGUUCAAGGCCUGGAUGGAAAAGGGUAGGCCCAGAAGUGGGGUCCUGGUGGAAAUGAAAUCUUGGCUAGGAGAUUUGAUGCUCAAUCUAUCUGUGAAAAUGGUAGGAGGGAAGAGAUACUGUGGUUCGAACGCCGACUGUGACGUGAUCGAGGCAAAGAGGUGCCAAAGGUCAAUCAGGAGGUUCUUUGAUCUAUUUGGAGCCGUCGUGUUGUCGGAUUCCAUCUCAGCUCUCGGCUGGUUGGACAUUGGUGGUUAUAAACGAUCGAUGAAGGAGACCGCAGAAGAGUUGGAUGUUUUGGCUCAGGGGUGGCUGGAGGAGCAUAGAAGGAAGAGGUUGUCCCGCCCCGGAGGUGAUCGAGAGCAAGAUUUCAUGGAUUUGAUGCUGAACGCCAUUGAAGGUGUCAAGUCUUCAGAUUUUGAUGCUGAUACAAUAAUUAAGGCAACUUGUUUGAACAUGAUAAUAGCAGGGACCGACACUUUGAUGGUAGCGCUCACGUGGGCGCUAUCGCUGCUAGUGAACAACCGCCGUGCGUUGAAGAAGGCGCAACAAGAGCUGGACGCCCGUGUCGGCAAGAGCAGGCCCGUGGAAGAGUCCGAUGUGAAGAACUUGGCCUACCUCCAAGCCAUCGUCAAGGAGACCAUGCGUUUAUAUCCGCCGGUUCCGGUCAACGGUCUUAGAAGUUCCGUGGAAGAGUGCACCUUCGCCGCCGGCUUCCGCAUUCCUGCAGGUACGCGUUUGCUGUUGAACGCCUGGAAGAUACAGAGGGAUGAGCGAGUGUGGUCCAACCCGGAUGAGUUCGAGCCCGAGAGGUUCCUGACGACUCACGAGAAUGUGGACAUGACAGGUCACAGCUUCGAACUCCUUCCCUUUGGCGCAGGGAGGAGGUCCUGCGCUGGAACCUCGCUGGCUCUUCACACGGUGCACCUGACGCUGGCUAGCCUGCUGCAGAGUUUCGAAAUUGGCACGGUCUCGGAUGAACCGGUGGACAUGACCGAGAGCCCGGGCUUGUCGAAUUUGAAGGCGAGCCCGCUUGAGGUUAUGCUGGUUCCACGCCUUGAUCAGAAGGUUUAUGAAAGAGACGAUUAAGAGAGUUUGUAGUCUCUUUUGACUAUCGUUUGUACUUUAUUAUGAGGACAGCCAUAAGCUCCAUUUUCUCUUGCAAAUCAAACUUGAAUGUACGUGUUCCCACCUAAGAAUUUCAAUUAUAUUACGUUUGAAUCCAUUUACUU